GAACAACCUGUUACGCCACACGAUGGAUGGAUUGUUGGAGGCGUGAGAGGUCUUGGGGUUGUAUUAACCGGAGUGGUAGGCGGAACUGUGACAGACACGGAGGAUGUCCGAAUCAAGACAGUCGGUGGAGCGAAUGGAGGUGUUAGUGUAUAG